AUGUAAUGUUUCCAUUAUGUUACUAGCAGACGAUGGUGACGUCAUAGCUAUUCGGACCUCUCGUUUUUUAACGUAUGAUGAGGUACCAGAUGACGACGCUAUACAAACGCCGACUCUCAGACUGCUCGAGGUGUUCUGUCAUAGGGGAGAAGCAAAAGCGGAUUUCUUCGGUCAUUUUGGUGCCAAAGAGUGCAUACAUUUUUUUGGUCUUGGCACGAAUGAUAAAUACAGACACCAUCACCUAGCAACCCGGAUGUUAAACGCUUCUGUAGCAUUUGCGAAGCACUUGGGUAUAGAUCCUAUCUAUAUUAAAGGUGAAGGAUCAAAUAUCUACUCUAAACUUGUCUACGAACACUCGGGGUUCGAACUUUUACACGAGGAAAUGUUCGAUGAUUUUGUGGUUGACGGUGUAAAACCAAUCCAGAAUACAGGAGAAAACAAGUCUUUACGAUUUUAUGGUUUGAAGAUAUCUUCUAAACAGUAGGAACAAAACAAGGUCGACAACUCUGCAUAGACCAAUAGACUAAAUGAAGUCCAAUUGACUAAAUAUUGAGCAUUAUGUGAUUUUCUUGUCAAGUUAACAGAUAUUCUUUAGUUCAUUUACUAGUUUUAAACAUGUAUUUACAUAUAUGUAUGGAAAGCUAUAAAUAUACAUAACUUUAUUAUUCUAGAUAAUUUUAUAUACGAUAGAUUAUUAUCAUGCUAUAGUUAAUAUUGUCAUACAAGCCUUUGUUUUCUUGGUGACAAAUUAAUAAAAUAAAAUUUUUGUAUCGAG